AUGGCGAUGCUAGGAUCCUUUAGCUCUGCACAGCAGAAGAAAAAUGUUUCUGGAGGCGACAGGGACGUGACAGAGUUCGUCUGCCCGGUUUGUCUGGAGAUUUUUGAUAGCCCUGUCACUACACACUGUGGACAUACGUGAGUAUCUUUACAAAAAUAGAUGAUUUGUCUAUAAACGUAGCUGGCUAGACAUCGUCCAAGUUCAAGCUAACGAGCUGUCUAGCUAUUUGGCUAAACUAGCCAGCCCACUAGCAAGAUCUGUUGUGAGCUGGCUAGCUAAACGAUUGAACAUCUAUGUGCACCCGCAAGCUAACUACUUCUGACAGGAAUUAAUAAUUAGCUUGCCAUUGUGUUUAUUUUGGCAUUCAAUUUUAUGUUUUUAAGAUAUUUGUAAGUUCAUAAAUCUGUGUUUUACGUUCAGUUUUGUUUACGUCAGGAAAUGGGGUUCAGGAAUCGUGGGUUUUGUAGUUGAAUGACGUGUGAAAUAUAUUAAUGUAGAUCUUUAAAGAACUACAAUACCCAAUGUCCUCAAAGAACAGGACUUUUCCUCGGUAACGGAAGUGCAUUUAGCCAUAAAACAUUCGCACCGUCAUUUAAUUUCAUAAAGUAAAUUAAGAAACUGUCGGGUGAUGAACAUAGCGGUGUAACGUUAAUAAUCUGCGUCAGUUUAUUUCUGUCAUACCAGACGUCUAACAUUCAGUUUAGUUUUCCUUCUGUAAUGAACAAAUCGUUGGUAUUUCAUUACCUAUACAUAGAUGUUUGCUUUCAUUUUAGCGAACUAAACAACAUUCCAUGGUGAAGGAAGUUUCUGAUUAACUUCAUCAACGCAUAGCUCCGACUAAAUCGAUUCGCCCAAGGUCAAUACUUCAAAAACAUUUUAUUAUGAAACGCCCAACUUGUGCCUUUUUGUCCUCUGUAAUUGGGUGCUAUUCUUUUGUUUGCUGAAAUCCAUAGGUUUUCAAUGAACGUUAAUCAAAUACAACCACCGACUGUUUGCUAAUUGCUGUUGUUCAAAGAUGGCAACUCGGCGCAUGUGCCAAUUGCAUCUCAACAAGGAAACAGUCGGUGGUGGUAUUUGAUUGACAUUUAUUUAAAUAAAAAGUAUGGAUUUCAGCAAAGAAAUGCACACAACUACAGAGGACAAACAUGGCUACAAGGUGGGCGUUUUAUAAUAUUACACUGUAAGUAUUGACCUUGUGCAAAUUGAUGUAGUCGUUCAUCAGAAACGUCCUUCACUGCGGAGUUUAGUCCACUACCUGCAUUUUAGCCUAUGAAUGAUUUCCAACACUUCCUCUCUCUCCUUUCUGUUCUCUCCCUCCACCCUCCAGGUUUUGUCAAAGUUGUCUGCAGGCGUGCCUGAGGCCCCAAAAGCCAGUGUGUGCUGUGUGCAGGGCAGCACUGGGCCACUGGGCCAAGGCCACUGAUCUAGAUGCCCUCCUACACACCUCAGUGGCAGCCUGCAAGGGCUGUGGAGCACAGGUGUGUUUGUGUGUAUAGCACGCUGUCAUUUUGUAAAACAAUGUGAAUAGUCAAGAGAAUUAGGUUGAGGGAGUGAAUUAAAUACAGUGUAUUCAGACCACUUGACUUUUUCCACAUUUUGUUAUGUUACAGCCUCAUUCUGAAAUUGUUUUCCCCCCCUUUUUCCCCCCCUCAGUCUACACACAAUACCUCAUAAUGACAAAGCAAAAACAGGUUUUUAGAAAUUGUUGCAAAUGUAUAAAAAAUAAACUGAAAUAUUACAUUUACGUAAUUAUUCAGACCCUUUACUCAGUACUUUGUUGAAGCACCUUUGGCAGUGAUUACAGCCUUUAGUCUUCUUUGGUAUGACGCUACAAGCUUGGCACACCUGUGUUUGGGGAGUUUCUCAAAUUUUUCUAUUUUCAGGUCUCUCCAGAGAUGUUAGCUCUGGUUCAAGUCCGGGCUCUGGCCACACAAGGACAUUCAGAGACUUGUCCCGAAGCCACUCCUGUGUUGUCUUGCUGCCACCACCAUGCUUCACCGUAGGGAUGGUUCCAGGUUUCCUCCAGAUGUGACGCUCGGCAUUCAGGUCAAAGAGUUCAAUCUUUACUUCUUAGUUUCAUCAGACCAGAGAAUCUUGUUUCUCAUGGUCUGAGUGCUUUAGGUGCCUCUUGGCAAACCAAGUGGGCUGUCAUGUGCCUUUUACUGAGGAGUGGCUUCCGUCUGGCCACUCUACCAUAAAGGCCUGAUUGGUGGAGUGCUGCAGAGAUUGUUGUCCUUCUGGAAGGUUCUCCCAUCUCCACAGAGGAGCUCUGUAAGUGACCAUCUGGUUCUCCCUGACCAAGGCCCUUCUCCCCCGAUUGCUCAGUUUGGCUGGGCGGCCAGCUCUAGGAAGAGUCUUGGUGGUUCCAAACUUCUUCCAUUUAAGAAUGAUGGCGACUGUGUUCUUGGGGACCUUCAAUGCUUCAGAAAUGUUUUGGUACCCUUCCCCAGAUCUGUGCCUCGACACAAUCCUGUCUCGGAGCUCUACGGACAAUUCCUUCGACCUCAUGGCUUGGUUUUUGCUCUGACUUGUACAGUCAACUGUGGGACCUUAUAUAGACAGGUGUGUGCCUUUCCAAAUCAUGUCCAAUCAGUUGAAUUUACCACAGGUGGACUCCAAUCAAGUUGUAGAAACAUCUCAAGGAUGAUACAUGGAAACAGGAUGCACCUGAGCUCAAUUUAGAGUCUCAUAGCAAAGGGUCUGAAUACUUAUGUAAAUAAGGUAUUUCUGUUUUUUAUUUUUAAUACAUUUGCAAACAUUUCUAAAAAUCUGUUUUACUUUGUCAUUAUGGGGUAUUGUGUGUAGAUUGAUGAGGAUUUUUUAAUUUAUUUAAUAAAUUUUUGAAUAUGGCUGUAACGUAAAAUGUGGAAAAAGGGAAUGCACUGUAUUUGUAUAUGUGCACAAAAGUCUCUGCCUCUGUUUUUGAAUAUACUGCGCUACCAUUAGCACUGACGCCUGGUUUCUUGUCUUUCUCAGGUGGGCCUGUCCCAGAUGAGAGGCCACACGGCAGGCUGCUCCAAGUACCAGGAGUACAUUGAGGAGGGGGUCAGGACCACUGCCCAGACCCAGCCUAACAUUAUCGGGUGAGAGAGGGAGGGUGUAGCCUGAGUGGUGGUACAGCAGCUUUGAUAUGCUGUGCAAUCUUCCACUAAUGGACAUAGUAUAAUAUUAUCUGCCUCUCUCUUUCUAAGUAAUCCAUACAUGUAUUGAUGAUUAACCCAUCUUUAUAGGUUCUUAACUUUGUAAUGGCUCUAAAUAUCCUAACGUCUUUAUUGACUUUUGCAUAACUGUUUGAGUUUCAUAGAUGUUGGCACAGACCCAUAGAUGUUGGCACAGACCCAUAGAUGUUGGCACAGACCCAUAGAUGUGUUGGUUGUUUAGCAACAACACAGACGCGGGCGCAACUAUGGGGAAAAACCCAUGGGGUUGGCUUAGACUGUUGACAACAUCUAAACUAUAUUUAGUCUCCAAUAUUUAUUGAAAACAUAAAUACAUUUGCUCAAUGAGCACUUGUUGUCUCUCAAAUACAUUGUAACAGUUGGUUAGCUAGUAAAUUUUUUGCCAUAGUAACAUAGACAUAACAUCAGUCAAAACCCUUCAAAACAAGACAUAGUCUAAAGAACAAGCUAAAACUAGCUGACACGAGCCACCUCAUUGUUGCUAGUGCUCUGGCCAUCCAUAAUCACAACAACACACCGGCUUCUGCCCCAUUGACGCGUGCACAUUGUUUUCAUGAUUUUGUCAGCUAGCUCGUCUAUAGGAGCCAUUAUCAUGUAUAAUGCAAACAAAGGAAGCACUGCUUUAACAACAACAUGUCUGCUAAAAAAAAAAAGUCUCAUUCCCCUUCCCCUCUGUCUCUCCAGCCCUGUGUCCAACCCCUUCACCUUCUCCUGCCCCUACUGUAACUGUUCCCCUCUGUCUCUCCAGCCCUGUGCCGAAUCGCUUCACCUUCUCCUGCCCCUACUGUAACUACCAGAACCUUGACCAGGACGGCCUGGUGGAGCACUGCACUUCCCAGCAUGCCCGGGACACGCGCCACGUGGUAAGGGGUUCUCACUGAAACAUGACCCACCUGAUAAUUGCCUCCCCUCCAGCAUUUUUCGUUCAUUGCGUGAGGACGAAGAUGGUGUGUUACUGUUAAUGCAUGCAAUCUAUGACAGCCUGCUUCAGCCAGGGGUGUAACAUGAGAUGUUGUUGCAAAGAAAGAGAGUGUGAAUGAUGGAGGGAGAGAAUAAGGGAAAGCUUGACAGAAAGCAAAGAGAGAGGAAAACAAGAUCAAAGAAAAGGGAAGGAAGAUGAGGGGGAUGGCUUGUAAAAUCAGGUGCUCCACUGUGCUCAUCAAUCACUCUGCAUUAGAGCAGGUCCUAAAUCAUCACACACACAGAGCUAUCUGCCAGGAGCCUGUAUGACUUACUACCAUACCAGAGUCCCCUCCUAGCCGCUGACGGUCACACACACACACACACUUUAGUGUUAUAGCGGGAAAAAAUGAAAUAAUACCUGCCAAGGUGUAUAGUCAUAGCUCAAGCCUUCUUGGAAGCAGGGGAGGGGGUGGUGGAGGUUGGGUGGCAUGGGAACGUCUAGGGGUGUCACAGCGUUUAUGUUAGCAGGUAAUUGACGGCUUUUGGCUGAUAAAAAUAAUUAAUUUGCAAUUGUCUCAACUGGUACCGGCCCACGCCAGUGAGUCCGUGACACUCGGCUGUGUGCACACAGGGGAGAAGUGUUUAAAAAAUAAAUAAAAAAUGCUAUAUAGAUCUUCCAUAUCAGUGCCCUUCACCAUUAAUUACAUUUUGCUAGAUUAAUCUACCUAAAAGAUAAUUUACAGAAAUGUCAUACAACUCCACCAAGGAGUAUUUAGGUGAAUUAUACAUCUUACGUCUCUUCUUCCCCUAAUCUGGUUGAGUAGCUAAAAGAUCAAAACGGUGCAAAUCAAGCUAGCUAACGGUUCGCUAACUAGUUAGCUACUGUACAACGGAUGGAGGCAAAGAAUAGUGACGCUGAAACAGAGGAUAUUGAACAGCCAGAGUGACAGAGGGAGACAGUCAUUGUGAAAGGAGCCAAUGUUUACUUGGUAGGCUAUCAUUCCUCCUCCUUGCAUACCAUAAAACUUCAAUUAAUAGCCCAGACGUUUAUUUGCUUCAAUCACUGAACACAACUGGAGCUAAUUAGAGACAGGCUUCUAUUUGAGCCAGGCGUCUAUUUCCUUAAUACACACAGCAUUUUCUCAAUAAAAUGUUGAAAAACCACCACCAUUUUUAUUGUGACCAGUACAAACAUUAUAAUAACAAAUACAUUGCAGAUCAUACACCCUUGAUUUUGCGCUUCAGCACAAUUCUCUCACUCAUUGCACCUUGUAUCCCCACUCAUUGCACCUUGUAUCCCCACUCAUUGCACCUUGUAUCCCCACUCAUUGCACCUUUUAUCCCCUGUAUUUGGGAUCACUGUGCUGUUUCAUCCAUGGCAAUGAUACUCUCCUUUCUCUUCUUUUACGCAAUCUUUACGGUACUCACUGAAGUUCACUCUUAACAAUUAAUUUAGACCUGGCAUUUAUUUGAAACGGGUGUUUUCUGAAAUGUGUGUCACUAUUAAAAGAGACUGGUGGCUAUUUGAGUCUCAGCGUUUUAAUUAAAUUUUGACGGUAGCUCGAUAAUCAUUGCAGUCACUUCCAUGUGGUGUAAAUCGGCAGUGGGCACUCCUAAUGAAGCAUUAGCCUACAUGGGUGUCUAUUAGAUAAAGCCUGUAAAAAUCUGGACAUACAUUUGACGGAAACGAUGGCAUGUGAGUGUGCAUGUCUAGUGUUGCUUUAAUACAAUUAUGUUACUUGUGAGGGCGAGCUAAAGACUCCUAUGCGUCCAGAUGAACAAUGUUCUAUUCUGUUGCAGGUGUGUCCUAUCUGUGCCUCUAUGCCUUGGGGAGACCCUAACUACAGGAGCGCUGACUUCUUCCAGCACCUCAAGAUUAGACACACCUUCUCUUAUGACACCUUUGUCGUAAGUGGAUCUUAAGACACAGUGGCCACAAUUUGGUUAUUGUACACUUCUGUUUUUGUUUUUCUUAUUUAAUUAUUCCCCUUCUCUCCUCUCUCAGGACUACUCCACAGACGAACACACUAUGAUCCAGGAGGCUCUACAGCGCUCCCUCAUGGAGAACUGA